AUGAAGUGGCAGUGGGCUGCAUGGUUGCCUGUGUCGCAGGAGGACUUAUGGCCGUUGAAGCAGACGUGUCCUGGAGAGGAGAUCCGCUGGAUCGACGAUCUGCGUAAGAUUGCCGGUCUAUCAAAUAACUCUAAAAAAGACUCUUUGAUAUGCACAUCGUGCAUUCUUCGAUUACGAGAUGCAAGCAGCUUUAAAAAGAUGGUAAUAGAAGCAGAAAGGAGUUUGUUAAGCUACGGAGUAAUUCAAUUAAAUCCUAAUGUACAGUUACAUAACACAAAGGCAGAUGGAGAGAAGUUUGUGGAAAUAAAAAAAGAGAAAUUAGAUGUCAACUCUGAAGGAAGUGACUUUGAACAAAAUGAAAUUAAUUCUGAUACAGAUGGCUUAUUGGAAGCAGAUACAGUUACAUUUACAGUUAAGAUCAACACAAAGUGCUACACAGAUUCAAUAAAAGAAACAUUUUGCAAAAUCAAAAACAACAACAGAACAGAAAAACUAGCCUACAUCCACAAUACGAUGAUUAUUCUAGAAAAUUCGAACGCGACUCCUUUCAAACCGAAACACCAAGACGGCUUCCCUUGCUUCUAUUGCCGAAUGAUAUUUGACGAUGUGAUCAUAAUGAGAGAACAUCAACAGAAGCACACGAAAACAGAAUUGAAGAGAGUGUUGCGGUCGUAUGGCGCGGAAAAUUUUGUCGUUUACGUGGACGUUACAAAUUUAAAAUGCACAAUUUGCGAGCAAAACGCUGAAAAUUUAAACGAACUAAAAUCCCAUUUAAUAAAAGAACACAAAAAGAAAAUUCACAAUUAUCCCGACCGUGUCGUACCAUUCAAAUUGAGUUCAAAUAUUUUUGAAUGUCAAGUCUGUAAAUGUAAUUUUGAAACGUUUGGUUCGAUAGAACGUCAUAUGAACCUACAUUUCAGGAAUUAUAUUUGCAAAGAAUGCGGUACAGGUUAUGUGACGAAAUGUCGGUUAAAAGUGCAUUCCAAACAGCAUAUAGGCGGUAGUUAUCCAUGCAAUACAUGCAAAAAGGUAUAUACUACGCCGAUUAAAUUAAAAAAUCACAUAGACGUCGUGCACAAUAUGAUCAAAAGAUUCAAAUGCGCGAAAUGCGAUGAGCGUUUUACGGAAUAUUUUCGGCGGCAAAAACACAUGGUCGAAGUGCACGGUGUUGCUCCCUUAGAAUAUAAAUGUAACGUUUGUGAAAAAACUUUUGAUCGCAAAUAUAUGCUAUCGAUGCAUAUGAAGAGAGAUCAUUUGGAAGAAAGGGAUUAUCAGUGCGAAAUGUGCUCAUAUACGUGUUUUAGUAAGAAUGAAUUAAAAGUGCAUAUGAUAAAACACAACGGUGAAAGGAUCUUCGAAUGCACGGUAUGCAAGAAGUCGUAUGCGAGGAAGAAGACACUAAGAGAACAUAUGCGAAUACACAAUAAUGACAGAAGGUAUGCAUGCAAGGCGUGCGGGCAGGCUUUCGUGCAAAAUUGUAGCCUUAAGGGUCACAUCAAAAGUCAUCAUCCAGGGUUGCUUGCUACAUAAAAAAAAAACUUAGAAAAUUGUAAAUAAAUAUAAUUAUUAUAAUGGAA